AAUUGUAAAAACACUUGAAUUAUUACAUGUCCAAUUAUUGAACAUAAUUUAUAAUUCUUCCCUGGAUAUCCACAUUGAGUGGGGUUGAUUUCAUUUCUCUACUUAGAAAAAUUUAGAAGAAAUCAAGACGAAGGAGAAUAAUGUACAAUAAGCUUGCGUUUUGUAGUGUCUAUCUUCUUCUAAUUCUGCUGGAUGCGUAUGGAAGCUCUGCCCAGGAAAUGGCUGGAGAAACUCAAAAAAUGCAUUUAGACAAUGAUCGUUUCAAUAAUCAGAAGAUGGAUGUUUUAAGGCUUCAUAGCAUGGAUAAGCAAGAAAAUGAUGCUCAUGAAGAGAUGCAUGUCCACCAUAUGCAUACUCAUUCAUCAUCACACAUGGAUCAUAUGGAUCCUUCAGUACUUGUUUUCUUCCAGUUGGAUGAUUUAAAGCAAGGAAAUUCAAUGCCAAUCCAUUUCCCUAGAAGAAAACCUAAUUCCUCUCCUCGUUUACUCUCCAAACAAGAAGCUGAUUCAAUUCCUUUUCAAUUACAAAAACUCCCAAAUCUUCUGGAAUUGUUCUCUUUUUCACAAGAUUCACCACAAGCCCAAGCCAUGGAAAACACACUAAGAGAAUGUGAAACAGAACCCAUCAAAGGAGAAACCAAAUUCUGUGCCACAUCCUUAGAAUCAAUGCUUGAUUUUAUACAAAAAAUCAUAGGAAUGGAAUCUCAAAUCAAAGUUUUAUCAACAACCCACCUCACAAAUUCCAAAACCCUUUUACAGAAAUUUACCAUAAUGAAAAUCCAAGAAAUUUCAGCCCCUAAAUCAGUUGCAUGCCAUACAAUGCCAUACCCAUAUACAAUAUUCUACUGCCAUUAUCAAGAGAGUAUAAGCAGGGUUUUUAGAGUUUCUUUGGCUGGUGAAUAUCGGGAUAAAAGUGAAGCUAUUGCUGUUUGUCAUUUGGAUACUUCUCAGUGGAGCGAGAAUCAUGUGGCCUUUCGAGUUCUUGGAAUCAAACCAGGGUCUUCCCCAGUGUGCCACUUCUUUCCUGCAGAUAAUUUUCUGUGGGUUCCAUCUACUACUACUACUACAAAUGCUAAAGCUUCUAUAUGAAUAUUAGAUUAUUAUUUUGAAUGAAUAAAUUUUGGAUGUUAUGUACUCUAUAUUUAAUAAGUCCAAUUGUGUGCUUAUCAGUUUAUGUACCUUGUGUGCUCCCAUGUGUAAAGGUUCAACCGCUCCUUGUGUUUUUACCUUGCUCUUCUAUGUUCAAAUAUCGGUUAUUUUUAGUCAGAAUGUUUAACAAUUCAUGUGAUGAAAUGUGACGAAUAA